AUGGAUCGCACACAUGUCGGAACAAUAGACGGAGUUCGGCGAGAGAUCUACAACGAGGUUGAGGGAGAGGGUAAUAAUGCACCAGACAAUAUACCAAAUCCAUCGGACCCAUGGAGCGCCUAUGAUGACAACACGAUCAUUGACACCGAAGAUGAGAAAAAUCUUUUCGUGCCGAAACCAUACAGACCAGGCAGCAAAGAAAAGUCAACUACAACCACAAGGCCUCAUAUCACCGCUCCUCCAACGACAAUCCGAACAAUUCCUUUCGUCCAAACGACGCCAGCUCCUCGACAACCUAUCCAAUCGGUACAACAAAAUCAAUUUGGACGUCAGCCGACUCCGGCUGCUCCACCACGUUUCGUUGCUACGGCACCUCCAAGAUCGGUGCAACAGAAUCAAUUCGGACGUCAACCUACCCCUGCUGCGCCACCACGUGUCGUUCCUACGCCACCACCAAGGCAACCCCUGCCUGUUCAACCUCAAGUUGCACCUCAACCUCAACCGCAUCUGCCUCAACAACCUCAACCACUUCGGCCGAGAACCAGGCGCCCACCUAUUCGACCUCCUACACCUGCACCAUUCCAACCUCAACAGCAGAACUUCAACGUCCAACAGUCGCUUCAAACACCGCCACCACAGUUUCAGCACCUUUCCAAAAUCGACAGCCCCCAUUCGUCCCACAACAACCUCAAUUCCAAACUCAACGACCACAGCAGUUCCCACAACAGUUCCAAACACCUCCACCGACUACACCUGCACCCCAAUUGCCGUUUGCAUACCAUAAAAUUCUGCUCGAACUGCGACGGUACGUCACGUGCGCACAGCGCAUCGAGUUUUCUACGAAGAGCUCAAGAAGCGAGUACAAUUGCUCACUACAAUCCUACCAAUGGACACUGUGCUAGAAUUCAAUCAAUCAACAGCAUUCGCCAUCCGGAACGGACAGUGCCCCGCUUGGCCAAGCUUGCAUUACAGUUUAUCGAGGAUUCAUGUGUACCAGGCGGCGAUUAUGAGGAAGAUAAGAACCCCAAAGUACAAGUGACGCAAAACAACGUCGUUGCGAGUGAACCAGUGCGAAUCUUCUGCGUGACAUGUCAACGACCACGUCGACGACAAAACCGGCAGCGAAACCUCGGACUCAGGCAACGAGCAAAAGAUCCUCGCCAAGUGCCCAACUCCCGACGAGGGGCUAUUCGAUCACACAGAAACACGAGAAUUACUCCCAACAGAAUAUCAAGUCACCCAGUCAUCCACGGUGUUCUUGUAAGGCAACCAAAAGCCAUUGCACUCGGUGUUUCUCAAAUGUCAUUCAAUAGUCCUAUUGAAUCAAAGACGCACGAAAUAGCCGUUGGAGUCUCACCAACCCUAUACGAAGAUGGAGGCGAUUCGUCCACGUACCAAGAAACAAGGAGGUCAAGUGGCCCAAGCAGCAAACUCUUCGGUGUGUCGACGUACCAGCGAAGUGCGUCAGAUGACGUGAACUCUCAGUCAUCGUUAGUCGCAAAGCAAUAA